AUAGAGGACAGUGGUUUUGGCAGAGUUUAUUGAUGCUUUCGCCGUCUGAUGUUUCUUGUGAAGUCGACUUCUUCAGUACUUUCUUGUUUACAACCGCAUAUUGUGGAAACUUCAUCGUCGUCAUGGUGGUGUCCGACGCAGGGAAUUGGUGUCUGAUAGAGAGUGACCCGGGAGUCUUCACAGAUCUUAUCAACAGAUUUGGUGUGAAGGGCGUUCAGGUCGAAGAAUUGUGGAGUUUGGAUGAUGAAUCAUUUUCCAACUUGAAGCCAGUACAUGGGCUCAUCUUCCUUUUCAAAUGGCAGCAAGAAGACCAGCCAUCUGGAACAGUGGUCCAAGAUAACAGACUUGAUAAAAUAUUCUUUGCAAAACAGAUGAUCAACAAUGCUUGUGCCACACAAGCUAUUCUUUCAAUUUUGCUGAAUACCAAGCAUGCUGAUGUACAGUUGGGUCCCACACUAACAGAAUUCAAGGAAUUCACACAGACCUUUGAUGCCCAUAUGAAAGGAUUAGCACUCUCAAACUCUGAUACAAUUCGUAAUGUUCACAAUUCUUUUGCUAAGCAAACAUUAUUUGAGUUUGAUUGCAAACAACCAACUGAGGAUGACGAUGUUUUUCAUUUUGUUGGAUAUAUCCCUGUUGAAGGACGUCUGUAUGAACUUGAUGGCCUGAAAGACGGUCCCAUUGACUUGGGGCCUAUUGCACCUGGAACUGAUUGGUUAUCAGUGGUCCAACCUGUCAUCCAGAGACGAAUCCAAAAGUAUAGUGAGGGAGAAAUUCAUUUCAACUUGAUGGCUAUAGUUAGUGAUCGCAAAAUGGUUAUUGAACGCAACAUUGCCAGAAUACAGAAGGAAAUAGAGGAAGGUGGAAUGGAUAGCUCAGUCCAAGAAGAAGAACUAGCACGACUUAGAGGUUUGUUAGAAAGUGAAGAAACAAAAAGAUCAAGAUGGAAAGUGGAAAAUAUUAGACGUAAACACAAUUAUUUACCACUAAUUGUGAAUAUGAUGAAAAUAUUGGCAGAAGAAGGUAAACUUUUGCCAAUCUACCAUGCAGCUAAGGAGAAGGCCAGAGAGAGACUUGAAAAAGCUAAGUCAAAGGAAAAGACAAGUGCUUGAUAUGGAAGAAUGGAACGUCUGUUAGUUCAGGAUUGUUUCAGUCCUGUGCUUUUGUGCAAAGACCAGGCUCAAGUCACUCUUUAAUGUUAAAUUUUUUUAACCAAAAAUAUUUAUGUAUUGAAAUUUUGGAGAUAAAGUAAUUUAGCCUUUUUUAUAACAUGUUUUCAAAGAAGAAAUAAGUUCUUUCUGACAUUAGGUAUGGUAAUACCUCACACUAAGUCAUUAAUUUGUUCCAAGACAUGCGACUUAAGUUAAAAAAUUACCCAGGGUGAAUAAUCCCUUUAAAAACUACCUUGACACCCUAUGAGCCCCUAUAAGCAACCCCAUGUUAUCGUUAACUUUUAAGAUGCAAGCCUGUUAUUGCCACCAGUGACACGGUCAGUACUCUGUUAAUUGGAUAACUGACCAACUUUCUCCCUUUUAUAUGUACUUCAGUAAGGUUUAUUUUCAUUACUUUUGUAGUAUUGUAUUAUAGUGUUUAUGGUAAAAUAAUGCAAAGACAUACAAAUAUUAUGUAUUAGGUUUAUUAUUAAGUUGCUUUAUAACAUUUUUUAGUAAUUCAUAUUUCACAGCAAUAUUAUUAUUAUUUAAUACAUGAAACCUAUUCAUAUGAAACAAGCCCACAGGGGCCAUUUACUUGAAAUUCAAGCUUCCAAAGAAUAUGGUGUUCAUUAGGAAGAAAUAAGAGGAAGUAAAAAGGGAAAUACAGAGAGAGAGAUCCCACUUAUUAAAAAGGGAAAAAAUAAAUCAGUAGAUUAAUAAAUAUAUAAAAAUGUAUAAAAAUAUAAGGAGAAUAGUAGUACUAUUAGGGUAGUAGUGCAUUUCAUCUUCGCUUAACUUCUGAAGCUCUGGUUGUAUGACAUCCUCGAAGAGGCUGUUCCACAGUUCAACAGUGUGAAGAAUAAAGUAUACCUCUGGAACUGAUAAGUUAGACAGUAAGGUACAUUGGCUGCAUAUUGGUGCUGCUGUUCAGCAUGCAGGAAAGUUAAGCCAUUUUCAUAAACCAGUUUGAAAAUCUUUAUUCCAAACUUGGAAAGCUUGCUCCUUAUGUACAGCAAUGAAGAUUCAUCUAAACCUGGGUUCCUUGAAGGAGAGUACAGUAUUUGGCAUGAAGCGAGGUUUACGGUUUUACAGUUUUUGUAAGCAGACAUUUCUGUCUUAGGUUCAUAUGCAAAAUGCCAAAAAUGUAAUGUGUUACAAAUUCUGUCUCACUUUAUUAUAGCUGGAAAAAUUGGUGUCACCAUAAAUCACUUGUUGACCAGUAACUUUAUACUGUAAUGGGCUUACUUUCUUAAGAAGCUUGAAAGCAAUAAAACUUUUCAUUUCAUAUUUGGCUGUCGGGAAAGCAUGAAUUCGGCUUCAUUUGAGUUUUGUAGAGAAAACUUCUUGAUAUUUGGGAGUUUCUGUAACCAUGUUGUUAAAAGGUUUUUUUAGGAACCUCACAUAAGAAAUUAAAUGUUGAUGUGCAUUCUGUAUAAAACAUGACUUUAUCACCAAUGGUCUUCCACAUAAAUUGUCACAUUUUCUCUGCUUAAUCACAAUACUGUUGGUGCUAGGUGGCUCCUCUUCCUUCUCUAUUAUUUCUGAUCCAUGAUUAUUUUCAAUAGAACUGGUCAUAAAAUCACUUCAGGCAGUCUCUACAGCAUCUGUGUUAUCAGAAACAUCAUACUUCAUUUAAAACUAUCACUAUCAGUACUAUCAUAUAUAAUUCAGUUUACUAAUAUACCAGUGCCAUUUCCAAGUAAAAGUGUCUGAACUUCAUCAUUGAGAGUUUCUUCCAACAUGACAUUUUGAGGGUUCAUCAUUGAGGGAGGGCAUAGCAUUUUGAGGGUUACCGAAGGUCUUUACAUGGCUGAAGUUAUCCUGCAAGUUGAAAAUUAAAUGUUGACAGUUGUUGCUAGAAUAUAGGCAAAAGCUCCUUACAUUGACUAGGGAAAAACAGUAUCUAUUAUGAAUUACUUAACUAGAGCUAAAAGAAUUGUUGCCUAGGAGGUAAACCCCACGUCAUGGAUGAGACCUUUUAAUUUAUGAGGAGAGAAGUCUUGCGCAGUGAAAGGGUUGAACAUUUUACCUGCUUUUUAAUGCAUAUUAAUAAUGAAAGUGCACAGGAAAAACCAGAAUAGAAUUACUUUAUGUAACUCUGUCUACUACUGUACAGUUCUGUACUUAACUGGUGGAUGAUAUCACUGGGCUGGAGGAGAGAACAUAUUAUGUCAUGCCAGUAAGACAGUAUUUUUAAUAUUUUGAAGCUUUUAAUUGAUUUUAUACAGUGCAUAUCAUUACUGCAUAUUACUUUACAUAUAUUAAUAUUUGCUUUUACGUAACUUGGUAUGUUGACAUUUGUUGCUAACCACUAUGAAGGUGCGUAAAUGGACGUAAUGCAAUUGCUAAUUUCAUUUUGAUUUAUAAAAAACUGCCAUAAUAUAAAAAGAGCCAAUAGUGAAAUGACUUACUGGAGGUAUUACAGUAUAAAAAAAAUCAUUUUAGUAAUUACGGAUUCUGUAGUUUUUAUAAAUUAAAGUUUAGUUAUCUGG